CCCACGGUCGAAUCCACACUAUCCAUUCUCGGAUCAAGAGGUUUGCUUUCGUUCAGUAUGUUUUGCCUACGCACUUGUAAUAACCGUUUAAUUAUAGUCGAACUAAGUUAGCGUUAUGAGAGGACCACACUGGAAUUUGUUCAGCAACUUGCGGGAAAAGUUUGGAACUCAUGCACUCGCUACAAAGUUGCAAACAACGUUUUUGAAUGGAGGCUUCCGCGCUGAGAGCCAUAGUGAGGUUCGGAAAGAAGGCGCAGGCUGGGGUCGUAGGCUGUCUGAUCUGACUUUAUAACCAGACAGCAUCCUGUUGUGAGCAGAGUCAACUGGCCCACCGAGGAGAGGACGGAGCUUCUUCUCGCUAUUAUUCGGAUCUUUAUCCAUUCUGGAGUAGGCCUAGGCAUAAUUGCUUCCGCGGGAUAGCUGACACAUUACGGGAGAAACUGUACUUCUACUUCGGUUCGGGAUCUCCACGUCAGAAUACCCCGUGACAGAGUUCUCUCUCCGCUGCCUGGACUGGACAGUAAACUCUGCGGUAAUCUUUUACUUUGGGAGUGACGAGGGUUUAGAUUUUAAUCCUUUAGUUUCAGUUGUUUACUGUGUUUAACGUUGUUUUAAUUGGCUAGCCUACGUUUUUUUUCUUUUUGACACAUCGCUUUUUUUGUGAAAGUUGUGGCUUGAACCUUGAAUCAGAUCAUAGUUUAUACACAUUUUGUAAUUCACUUCAACAUGGAUAAAUACGACGAUUUGGAUCUUGAGGCAAGUAAGUUUUUAGAAGACCUCAAUAUGUAUGAGGCAUCUAGAGACGGGUUGUUCCGAAUGAAGAGGGAUGCAGGGAACAACUCAGACUUUGAAGAAACCAGGAGAGUUUUUGCCUCCAAAAUGACAAAAAUCCACAUACAGAAACAGCAAGAGGAAAUUGCCAAAAACAAUUUGGCAGUGAGAAUGAACGGGGGUCACAACAAAGCGACAGACAGCACGUUUUACACCAAAGACAGGCCGCCUAUCAAUAGCUACAGACAGGCAGGAGAAGCUGCUGCCAAGCCUCCCAUACUCUCUGGCCCUAUGCCAGGCACCGUCAGUGGCGCGAGUCAGUACGCGCCCUGUGAAGCUCUGAAACACCAUUCACCCAGUCAACAGGCAUAUGGCUACGGAAACAAUUACGAUAACAAGGAGCGUUUUGAGCAGCAUUCUUACCACCACGCCUCGAGUCCCACCAGCCCUGGGAACGCACACACACAUGGCUCUGGUCACCCUGCCAGUCCCUCGGGCACUUGGGCCUCCUACUCCUCCAGGGGUGGCCAGGCCUCCCCAGGAUCCUCCAGCCCUGUUGGAUCUUCAGGCCUUAUGUGCAGCCCAUCUCAGCAGCCCCAACACCACUCACCAUCUCCCUCCUUCUCCGACAGCCUACCAUCUCCAAGCCCCACUAGACUGCACCAGAGCAAGGCUGCCACCCCGCUAGUGCGGCAGAGUCCCCCCACGGUGGCUGAUGCUGGGGCUGCAGCAAACUGGAUGCGGAGCUUGGGGAACCCAGACCUGAUAGCACCGCUCCCUCUGAGUGCCUUCACUGGCGGAGCUGACCUGUACCAGCAGCUGUCUCCCCAACCUGCCCAUGUUACACCGCCAACAGGCCCUUACUCUGCAGCACACUCCAUGGCCCCAAGACCAACCGCCAACCAGGGAAAUCUAUGCCAGAAUGGGCUCUCUCAGAGUCCUGUGGCUGUCCCAUCCCCAGCCCCACCUGAGGCAGCCCAGCCCAAAGCCACCGCUGGGGCUUACCUUCCUGCCUCUGCCUCUCCCUCUGGAACCAGUGUCUCUAGAAGCUUUGGCCAGGGUCAAGGUGUAGGCCAGGCCCAGGGCAGGCAAGUGGCCAUGGGGGUGGAUGUGCCCUCUGGCCUAGACAGCCAGCUGUCCUCUGGUGGUGAGGCCUGCCAGCUCCGGCCCCAGUCCCAGUAUGAAGCCUCCAGCCCCCCCAGAGCUCUCAAACUGCCCUGCCAGACUCUCCAUGUCCAACCGGAGCAGGGGCCGUCUGCCGCUGAGAUCAAAUUAGAAGCCCUGACCAAGCGUCUGGAGAAGGAAAUGGACGCCCAGCCAAAGGCAGACUACUUCGGGAGCUGUGUGAAGUGUAACAAGGCGGUGUACGGAGCCACUCAGGCCUGCCAGGCUAUGGGAAGCCUCUAUCAUGAUGUCUGCUUCACCUGCAGUGCCUGCAGCAGAAGGCUACGGGGGAAAGCAUUUUACUACGUCGGUGGGAAGGUGUUCUGUGAAGAGGACUUCCUGUAUUCUGGAUUCCAGCAGUCUGCAGACAAGUGUAACGCAUGCGGACAUCUGAUCAUGGACAUGAUCCUGCAGGCCCUUGGGAAGUCCUACCACCCUGGCUGUUUCCGUUGUGUCAUCUGCAACGACAGUCUGGACGGAGUGCCCUUCACUGUGGACACAGAGAACAAGAUUUACUGUGUCAAAGACUACCACAGGGUCUUGGCCCCCAAAUGUGCAGCAUGUAACCAGCCCAUCCUGCCUUCAGAGGGCUCUGAUGAAACCAUCCGAGUGGUAUCCAUGGAUAAAGACUACCACGUGGAGUGCUAUCACUGUGAGGACUGUCAGAUGGAGCUGAAUGACGAGGAGGGGCACCGCUGCUACCCGCUAGACGGCCACCUCCUCUGCCACGCCUGCCACCUGAAGCACAUCGAGCCGGGCUGCGCCUCGCCCACCGCUGCCUCCUACCAGCACCAGUUCUAGUCCUAGGAUCUAGUGCAUGGUGCCACCAGGUGGCCCUCUGAACUAACUGCCAAUAACCAACCACAACCAAUCUGCCCAAAAAAGCUGUCUAUAAUGGUUGGAAUGAUAAUGUAUGCCUUUACUGUACAUCUCUGAUAGGGUUAAUUGUGCGAUUGGUUGAUUGAUUGAUUGAUUGCGUGUGUGUGUGUGUGUGUGCAUGUAAAUGAGAUAGACCUGUUAUUAUUUUUUAUGUAAAAAUCUAUUUCUCUAUUGAAGACAUUGUUUAUUAGUUGUAAGGUGUUGAACUUUCAUCUGACACGAAUGUUAAUAAUCUGGAAAUAACAAACUUUUUAUCCUAUAUAUAUAUAUAUAUAUAUAUAUAUAUAUAUAUAUAUAUA